UUGGCUGUUUUCAAAGCUGGUGUGCCUUCAUAAAGAAGAAAUAUUCAACUUUGUUUACACACACUUUGUUAACAUUAAGUUGUGAAAGAAUUUGAUCCCCAGCAUUAUAAAAAUGUACCGGUGAUGAUUUAGGCACUUGCAUUUGUUUGACAAAAAUUAUAGCAUGGAUAAUCUCAGGCAGUAGCAUUCGAGUAGUAGCUAUAAAUUCAGUUUUCCUCUUAAAUUUUGACUUAGAGAGCUUUUGAACAUUGUCUUGCCAUGAAAAAUAAGAAGAUUUUGCCAUUUUUAAUUUCAUUGAUGGUAUCUUCAGAAUAUCGCGUAAUUUUCUGUUUUAGUUAACAUGAAAACCUGAAAUGUCACCGGUUCAUUGAUCUAGAUAUGUUAUGUGGCGGCGGGAUAUGGUAUCUUUAAAGUUUGGUGUACAUGGAAAAUUCUGAGUUUAUACAGAUUGAAAUACGAGUGCAUGUACUUCUGUCCUUCCGUUUUGCUGCUCAUAUACCGUAGGCAAGUGUUGGUAAAUUCAAUAAGAUGUUUACUGUUAAAGCUGGCGGAGAAGCUUAGUUUUACAAUAGUUGACCCAAACAUCUGUUUCCCCUUUUAAUUAUUGAAAAGGAAGGAGGUAGAACAUUGGCUGUGUAGGUAUUUGACAUUGUUGCUCUUGCUUCUGUGAAUAAAACUGCGCAUUCUUAGAUAAAGUUGAAACUUGAGUUUUGUUCACAUGUUAAUUGUUUCUUUUUCUCCAACAGAUCACUGUAAAGUCAGAAAUUUUCGCAAAGUUUAUAGUACGCCAUUUUCAUAGUAAAAAUUUGACUACGAAUUAGAACAUUCGCAACACAAACGUAAAGAGCUUUUAAUAAAAUCUAUGUAUUCACUUUAAUAAACAUUAAACAUUGCACUGUCGCAAGUACUUAUCUUCCGUUUUACAGUCAGUUAACGAAUAAAGUGAAAAUUAAUCACUGGCGACAAAUUCUGAUAUUUACAGUAUUUAACGAACCUUUUAAACAACACUAAACCCAUUCGAUAUGUUUUGACUUAAAUGCCGGUACCACAACCCUGUUGUAAAAUAUUCCAAUAUAUUAUUCUGUAUUGAUCCAAACCCAUGUAAAAUAUGCAGUUUUAAUAUACAUAUGUCUUUUUAAAAUACUAGGUAGUUUUCAUGUAGAAUUAUUUUGCACGAACUAGACUUAUUCACUUAUUCCUGAAUUUUGUUGAGUAACGCUAGUCAUACCGUGAUUGACAGUCACGGGUAAACAUCAGUUCAAUAUUGCAAAUUCGUAAAAUUUUGAACCCGCUUAUCUCAAGAAAUAGUUACGGAAAAACACUUGUUGCCAAGCUCAUCGUACGUUCACGUUAGCUGCAAACAAGACACAUGCCGCUCUUUUUGCACGUCCAAACACAGCCAUAUAGGAGGCUUUAUAAGCGCCGCCCGCAAGAAUUUGUUCGCAUUUUGUAAAUUUGCAAUAGCAAGUAUAGGACAAAGUGUAAAUAUUUUACCUAGUGACUUUAAAAACAUUUUUGAAUCACAGCGAAAAUGCUGGCUUUUGUAGGAAUAGGUUUAUGCGCGGCAUCACUACUGUUAAACGUAGUAGGCUUAGCAAUACCGUACUGGGUAUAUUCAAGUGCUGGAGAAAUAAAAAGUUAUUCUGGACUAUGGUCACUGUGUGUAUCCGCAUUAGGACAAACGGAAUGUGCAAAAAUACCAGAUAUAGCUCUAAAUGAUGCCUACAAAGCGACGAGAGCGAUGGAGAUCCUCGGCAUGCUGCUCAUCCUUGUGGCACUAGUGGUUGUCUUGCUUAAACAGUUUGUCAUGAAGGACAAAGCAUUUCUGCCAAAAAUAGGCGCUGGGUGCGCAAUAUUUGCUGGCAUUCUGAUGAUAAUUGGCACCAUCAUCUUUGCAACUAUGGACGGAAUAGAGUCAUCAAAUUUACAUGCCGGCUUUGCACUAUGCAUUAUUGCUGGGGUUAAAGGAAUAGCCGCAGGCGUUGUGAUGUUCCUGGCUUCCGGGUCUUCCAACGAUGGUUGAUGCUUGCUACAGUACUGACACAAACAACUUUGUAGUUAAAAGUUCUUCAUAAUUUUACAUUUUCAUUAUAUAUUUUGUUUAGAAAGAACGAUAACGUUUAUUUAACAACUGAGUGCUAUUUUUGUGUGUUUAUACGGGUAUAGACCACUUUGGAACUUCGUGCUAGGGAUUCUGUGAUGAUUUGUAAGAAGUCCCAAUGUAGUUUACACCCGUUUAAACGCACCAAAAAUAUAAUUCAAUUCUUAUGUUUACUUUUGUCAAUAGCUUGCUAGUGGUUUGCUUUCCAAGAGCAUCAGAAAAUCAUAAUAACUCAGGAUACCGAUCUUUUCACUCCAACCAUGUUCAGUAGUAGUUCGCCUUCCAAUUAAGUUUUUUCUUCAAGUAUCUUUAACUCCAGCGAAGUCUAUUCAUUUUAAUCUUUGCCGUCAAAAAAAUAGUUUAACGUAUGAUUUAAUGUACUUUUUUAAAUUUUGUGAACGACUUCAAAUUGCGCGUGCAAUUUCGCGGAAAGGGCCGUUCUUGAUAUCAUAACACCGCAAACAAACGUUUUUUCUUUCGAUACAAAAUGUGUAGUGUAGUAACAUAUUUUCAUAUAAACAACAUUGGUCAAUAAUAUCGCGAUCCGACGUCGUUCGCAAUAAAAAUGAACAAAAUGGGGUCGUUAAAAAUCCGUUUUCCAAGCAUGACUGAAGGUUAAAAACCCGGUAUCAGUUGUUUGUAUAUUUAAAUGUAUUCCAUGCAUGUGUACACAGAUUUGAAAAGGCCGACAAAAGCAUAAUUGGUUUAAUUGGAGAAAGAAUAAAACAUUAUUAUUAUUAUUUUAUGGAUUUUAAUUCCAUUGCUGUAGUUAAAUGUCUCAUUUUUCAACGAAACAUAUUAACUUUGAACAGUGCCAUGGAAGUACGAAAUACCCGCUAUCACUACCAUUAUUACUGUUUAUUACCCCUUAGUAUGGAAUUUAGAUUGUUUGCUAUGAAAGGUGAUAAAAUUAACAAGCAAAUAAAUACUAAAAUAAAUAGCAGGACAUAUGCGAAAAUUGUCUGUGAUUUAUUAUACUUAUUUUAAAUAUAUAGAUACUUCGGCGUGAUAAUAAAUUUAAAACAAAACAAGUUACUACUUUUGAAAAGUGCAUGCCCCCAUACUGCUUCGUUUUAAUCGAAGUGGUAACUGAUAAGUUAUAUACUAGUAUUGGUAAAUGCUUGGUAAAUGCUCGGUCAAACUUUUUAUACCUUUAAUGUUAUGGCCCGGACAGAGAAAUACCCUAUUGACUUUUGACCUCCGAGUGUGACCUUGAUAUAUGAGCUAGGCGUUGUGCAGGACAAUUUGUCUCAUUCUUGUAAACAUUUGUACCAAAAAGCCCUUGACGGAUGGUAGAGUUCUAAAACGCACAAGAAAAAAAACCUAUUGAAGUUUGACCUCCAACUAUGACCUUGACCUUUGAGUGAGGGAUCUGAGUGUUGUACAUGACACAUCGUCUUUUUUUGGGGAACAUUUACAAGUGUCAAGUAGUAUAUAAAUUCAUUCAUGGAUGACUGAGAUAUGGGUCGGAAGGAAAUGAUUAUAUAACAAAUAAAUUGGAUUUGACCUAAUAUCAAUUAUUGGAAAAAUUCAAAGUUAAAAAUGAAUGAAAAUGGUUAAUCAGAUUUUCAAAAAGAACAUUCUAUGGUAGCUAAAACAGACUUUUUCUUAACUGAAUCGGACCGUCUGAGCGCUUUUCCUUAAAAAAAAAUAGAUUAUAAAGUCAGACGGAAGGUGAAUUUCAGCUUAAUGUAGACGAGUUUUUUGUCUGUUCUAUGUAUUUAUUGUACAGCUUGAUAGUCGCAGAUUUACUAUUUUGUUGUUUUAAAACCUCAUAUCAUUUUUAGAAAGCUGCAAACUACAAAGUGUAAAUAUAAGAACUAAAGGUUAUCCAAGAAUUGCUAGCACAGUUAGUGGAUUUUUUUUUCAAUUCCAACGUGGUCUUUGGUUUAUACCUAUAUAAAUGCACAAAAACUAACAUUCAGCCUUUAAGUAAUACAUGUUGAAAUGCUUCGUUGCAGCUUAAAUCUGUCCUUUCAUGAUAUUUUUCAUAUUUUGUUUUAAUCGGCAUGUGGAAUUUAUGUAAAAUAAGAAAUUUGAAGUUGUUCUAAUUAAUUAAUUAUUUGUGCUGACAUAUAUAUCAAUAAAUUGUUAAAUUGCA